AUGAUGAAGCAGGUGAACAACGUGACUGAGUUUCUUAUCCUGGGACUCUCACAGAACCCACACAUGCAGAAAAUUAUAUUUGCUGUUUUUCUGGUCAUCUAUAUCUUCUCUAUGACAGGAAAUUUGCUCAUUCUCAUCACCAUUGCAAACAGCCAACUGCUGCGUUCCCCUAUGUACUAUUUUCUGGCCUAUCUCUCCUUCAUUGAUGCCUGCUACUCCUCUGUCAGUACUCCUAAGUUGAUUGUUGAUUCACUCCAUGAAAGGAAGUCCAUUCAAUUCAAUGGAUGCCUGACUCAAAUCUUUGGGGAACAUUUCUUUGGAGGUGCUGAGGUCAUCUUGCUUACUGUCAUGGCCUAUGACCGCUAUGUAGCCAUCUUCAAACCUCUGCACUAUGCAGCCAUCAUGAACCAACAACUCUGUAAUUUACUUGUGGGAGUGUCAUGGGCUGGGGGCUUUCUUCAUGGAGGUAUACAAAUUCUUUUCAUUGUUGGACUUCCUUUCUGUGGCCCUAAUGUCAUAGAUCACUUUAUGUGUGAUCUGAACCCUUUGCUUGAUUUAGCCUGUAUUGAUACACACAUUCUAGGUCUCUUUGUUGCUGCCAACAGUGGCUUCAUCUGUCUGUUAAACUUCCUCCUUCUGCUCAUAUCCUACAUGGUCAUCCUGUGCUCCCUAAGGACCCACAGUGCAGAAGGAAGACGCAAAGCCCUCUCUACCUGUGUUUCUCACAUUAUAGUGGUGAUCUUAUAUUUUGUACCUUGCAUAUUUGUGUACAUGAGACCUGCAGCUACAUUACCCAUUGAUAAAGAGGUUGCUAUUUUUUAUACUGUAAUAACUCCCAUGUUAAAUCCAUUAAUCUAUACUUUGAGAAAUAGUCAGAUGAAAAAUGCCAUUAAGAUAUUUUUUAGUAGAAAAAUUCAGGCAGAGGACAAGUGA